AGGCUCAGUGAUCGGUCCCGAGGCUCAGGGAUCGGUCCCGAGGCUCAGGGAUCGGUCCCGAGGCUCAGGGAUCGGUCCCGAGGCUCAGUGAUCGGUCCCGAGGCUCAGUGAUCUCUCCUGUAUGGGGAUCCUGGGAUCUAGUCUCCCCUUCUGCCUGGAGAGCUGGGCAGCCAUGACCACGAUCUAGGAGUGACCUGACUACCAUGUCCCUGUCCCUGAGGACUGGAGCCUCUUACUGCUCCAGGAUCUGUCUGUUCCGGAGAUCUAGGGAUCUGUCUACAUGGAGGGACACUGCAGUGCAGAGACUGAGGGCUACAGAUGUGAAGACCCUGUCCAGGAUCACCUUGUGGUGCUGGGGGGUCCGAUACGUCACCACCAGGACGCAGUGCGAGAGGCUGCUCCAUAAGGAAGAGCUGGGCCAGAAGGUUCUGAGCUUUGGACCAUCAGUCCAUCCACAGAAGCCACCAGAGACCCUCCUGAAGAAGAUCGACUUUCUUGUUCGUGUGGGGGUCCGCACUUUAAUUCUGUUUUGCAGAUUUGGCCCCCUUCUGAUCAUCUUCCCGCUCACCUUCCUGUCUUGGCGUCUGAAUUCUCUUUGGCUUUGUCUCCUGUUGAAGGCCACAGAGUCGUCCGGACCAGCGUGUAUCAAGCUUGGCCAAUGGGCCAGCACUCGCCGAGACCUCUUUUCGGAGGAGUUCUGUGCUCUGUUUUCCAAGCUCCAUGUUAAAGUCACUCCGCACCCCUGGGAAUACACCGAUCGCUGCCUGAGAAGGGCCUUUGGGAAUGACUACAGUCAAGGGUUAAAGUUCACCAGUAGGGAUCCUGUUGGAUCUGGUUGUGUGGCCCAGGUGUAUAAGGCUUACGCUGACCUAUCUGUCAUCCAGAACCUGGAAUCCCAAUCUCUAGUGGAGACUAUGGAGCGGGAAUCGGCAUACGAAGCUUGGGAGGUACCGGGGCUUCAUGGAGUUUUUGGACGACUGAGGAACAUGGGACGAGCCAGUCAAAGUUCUCCGAAGGACCGAGAAACAUUAUUGUUCCCAAUAAGAGGACCAGAGGGCGAUUCAGAUGAGUUAGUCCCAGUGGCGGUAAAAGUCCUGCACCCAGGUCUGGCCCAGGAGGUGAAGAUAGAUCUUCUCAUCAUGAAGACCUGGAGCCGGUUACUCAGUCUGAUCCCUGGAUUCAGGUGGUUGAGUCUGACGGAGAUUGUGGAAGAGUUUGAAAAACUAAUGACCCAACAACUAGAUCUGCGUUUUGAAGCCAAGAACUUAGAAACCUUUCAACAAAAGUUUGAUAAAAUCGAUUUUAUAAAGUUCCCCACUCCCCUGCGACCCUUUGUGACAAGGAACAUCUUAGUGGAGACCUAUGAGGAAGGAGAACCCUUAUCUCUUUACCUGCAGGAGCCGGGCUCUUCUCCGAUCAAACAACGGAUAGCAGCCAUGGGGGUGGACAUGUUACUGAAGAUGAUAUUUGUGGAUAACUUUGUCCACGCUGACCUCCACCCUGGUAACAUCCUUGUGCAAGGAACUCUGGAGUUCUCUCCUGGGCACAGUGACCAGACCACCCUAGUGGACAUGUGCGACACUCUGAUUGUGGAUGUCCGGCCCGGCCGGUGCCCUCUCAGGUUGGUCUUGCUGGAUGCUGGAAUUGUGGCUGAGCUGCAGGACAAAGAUCUCGAGAACUUCCGCUCUGUCUUUACUGCUGUCGUACUAGGGCAGGGAGAGACAGUGGCUGAGCUGAUCCUGCAUCACGCCAGAGCCAACCAGUGUACAGACGUGGAAGGCUUCAAGUCCCAAAUGGCCAAGUUGGUGAACGAGGCCCGGGAAAAUACAGUAUCGCUGGGGAAGCUCCAGGUUGCAACUUUGCUGUCUCAGGUUUUUCAGCUUCUCAUGACACACAAGGUGAAACUGGAGAGUAACUUUGCCUCCAUAAUUUUUGCCAUUUUGGUCUUGGAAGGACUUGGACGUUCUCUGGACCCAGAGAUUGAUACACUGGAGGCGGCCAAGCCUCUGCUGUUAAAGAGUGCUGCAUCCCUGUUAUAGACAAUGCCGGGAUGUUAUAGGGGUCCCUCCAGUUUUUUUUUUUUUUCUCCUUUAAAUGGAGGUCACAAUGACAGAGAUUGCAGCCACAGAAGCACUUACCGAUGAUAACUCUGUGUUUUAAUAAAUAAAACAAU